CAAGAGAUAAUCACUUUUCCUCAAAACCCAAAUUUCUGUCAAAAACCUUCGACUCAUAAAAGAUGGAAUCAGUGUUUAGAUCGGCCAGGGAGAAGCUUGAGAAAGAGCACAUAGAGAGGAAGGAGAGUGGGAAGCUGAAGCUACAACAAGAGAAGAAAGCCAUCGAUGCUGCGGAAAUGCAACGCCAAGCCGUUGAAGCUUCUCAUAGAGCCAUUGAAGCCACCACGAAGGUUGAGGAUAACCUUGGUGAAGGUAAAGAAGAUGUCAAACAUAGAGGUGGAGAUUAUAGUAAUAGUAUGCAAGUCUUGCCUCCAUGGAUGGAUAGACAAGGAAUGGAGAUGAGACAGGAAACAAAUGGUGAUGAUGGUUGCUCACAUGAGGAUUUCAGGCUUCAGUAUGAGUAUCGCAAAGCUUACUUUGCCGCUCUACUGAAUCAGCAAGGGGUAGCUGAAGAGGAAGAUGGGGAUGAUGUUGAGUGGGACAAAGGAGAGGCUCCUGGUGCAGAUCUGUUUUGAGUUUACUUUUACUUGUGUUUCCAGUUCACCUAACUAGUUAAUCACAUAUGGAACAGCAAGUUACUACACUACAAACAACUUGUUAAGUUGUUUGUUCAUGUAGAAACUUGAAAUAGAGCGUUUGCAUUUGCUCCGAAUACAGAAAAAAAGGACCAUAGACGAUAUUACUU